AUGAAUAAUCUUAGUGGGGAGAUCCCAUCUGAUCUUCUCGCAUCUCCUAAUUUGGAGUAUGUUGAUCUCUCUCAUAAUCGGCUUGGAGGGGCUAUUCCCACAAAUUUAUCUAUAGGGCUUCAAUCGUUGCGACUCAGUGAAAACCUUCUCUCCGGGAUAAUCCCAACAUCAAUCGGAAAGCUCUCGCAGCUGGCAAAUCUAGAAUUGGAUAAUAACAAUUUGUAUUCUGAGAUACCAUCGCAACUGUGGAACUGCAGCAAUUUGGAACUCUUAGAUCUCUCUUCGAAUGCACUAUACGGCGAGCUACCAAAGGACAUUGGUAAUCUUCAAAAAUUAGAGGUGUUGGCGCUUCAAACGAACAAUCUUAGUGGGGAGAUCCCGGUUGAAAUGCAUGAGCUUGAGAGCUUGUAUAGAUUGAACCUUCAGCACAAUAAGUUCUAUGGGUCAAUACUCGAUUCAAUCAAUGGUAAUGUACCUGAUUCUCUUUCCCUCCUGCAUAAUUUGGGAGAGUUGGUGCUUUCUUACAAUAAUCUCUCAGGAGUUCUCCCUCUAUUUUCUCCACGCGUGAAUGUCGUAACUGUUGGCAAUAAAAAUCUUAUAAUUCCGAACGGAAGUGCUGAAUCCAAUUCGCCCGGAAAUGGUGUUUAUGAUAUAACCGAUUCGUCGAAAAGAAAGAUCCAGGUUGCCUUAGUCGUGGUUUCUUCUUUUGUGGCCGGUUUUUCGGUUUCGUUCCUCAUGUCUUCACUGACUUGGAAAUUCUUGACUCGUAAAAAAGCAGUCGACGCGCAAGAAGAAGACCACCUUUCUGAUUUGAACAACAGGAAGAGGCUUCAGAUGGUACAGAGGCUGAGGAUGUUUCACGAACGAGUAGAGAAGCAAUUCAAGGCCAAAGAGCCUCCUGAUAAUGUAUGCUGUCAUGGGACAAGGAAGGUUGAAAUUCACAGACAGAAAACUUACUGA